UAGAACAAGCGAAGCAAGCAAAUCAAACUACAGAAGCCUAGUGAAAACAUAAUAAUAGUAUUUUACGAAAAAGAUUCCUUUCGGGUCACAUAUCGGAUAUACACCAUCCAUUCAAAUUCAACAUGAGCUCGCUGGUAAUUGUGUAUGUCCCGCAUACGGUGGAAUAUACACCUGCGGUCCAGUUUUCCUCCCUCGAGUAUGUCACUGUUUCUGCUGAUGAAAUCGAAGGUCAAGAGAACAGUUUCAGCUUUGCCAAACCAAAUGAAGUAAUACCAUCGAAGGCGUUUACGCAGGAAAAACUAAUGCAUCAUAUUGUGAAAGACGAUCUACUGUUGCUCAACAAUCUCGAGAAAACGGGCGAUUCACUGGAAAUCGCAAAUAUGCCGGCAUUUGAUUGUGAGAUAAAACCAUCGAAAUAUGUUCCUCUUAGUAGUGAGAUAAUUUUGGAAGAGUCUUCCUCGUCAAGCUUUGACGAAGGAAUAGGUUUAAGUAACACCGAAGAUUCCAGUGAUGACCAGACAACUUCAACAUACAAUCACUCGAGUGCAAUCUCCAACCUCAAAUCAGCUUGCGUUCCCAAGACUCCUGCUCGCAAACAGAAAAAUACCGAAGCAAAGAGCUAUGAUUGUGAAAUUUGUGAGUCACGGUUUACGAUGAAAAAACACCUUCGAGUGCAUCAGGCUAAAGAUCACCCGGGACAGAACUGCAACAAAUGUGCGAUUUGUGAAAAAACCUUCAAGCUACGUUCCAACCUUCGCCAGCACCUUCGCAUACACACGGGAGAGCGACCGUUUGGUUGUGAUACUUGCGGCAAAACGUUCGUACAGGGCAGUGCGCUAUCAGUGCACCGAGAAUUGCACAAGGAGCAGCGUGAUUACAAAUGUUCCGUUUGUCAGAAAGCGUUCAAGUCGAAGUUUGCCUUCAAAAAGCACGAAAAAGUGCACACCGGUCUGCGCCCCUUCAAGUGUGACGAGUGUGGCAAAUCCUUUACGCAAUCCUGCAAUCUGAAAGCGCACCAGAAGCUUCACACAGGCAAUCACGCCUAUCAGUGUGCGACCUGCUCGAAGAAGUUCCGCUUCAAAUCGCACUACCAGGACCACCUGAUGACGCACACCAAGGAGAAGAAGUACGGCUGUGCCCACUGUGGUCGCACAUUCGCGUACAAAAACUCUUACCAGCGGCACACCCAAAUCCACCGGGACGAAGCUCAGCACCAGUGUUCGGUGUGUGGGAAGCAGUUUGGGAAACUGAGCCAUCUCACCUUCCAUCGCAAGUCUCACGGGUGUUCUCGAAAAGUUGCACGCGAUGCUAAAAGUGGCGAAGUGGUCGGUAGCCUCACUUGCGAUAUUUGCGGCUUUGUCUUCGAACGGGCCGACACGCUGUUGGCCCAUCGUCGAGCGCUGCAUAGUGAUAUGGGUUGUGAGGGUGUACGAGAAAAGGGACGCUGUCGCUACAAGUGCGUUAUCUGUAGCAAGUCGUUCGGUGAGGAGAAGGAGCUACGUACCCAUUUCAAGCUGCACGAGGCCGACGAUUGUCCCUUUCAGUGCGGGAUGUGUGGAAUACUCAAUCUAAACCAUAUCUGAAGACGGGUCUUCCAUGCCGCUGCGAAGCAAAAGGGACUACAAUUAGUGUGACGAUAAGGACUAAUUCUGUGAUAUCUC